CUUUCUAUUAUACAUUUAGCAGGUGCUUUCUGUGGCUGCUCAUAACCACUACAAAAGGAUAUACCAUGUCUCCCUGCAAAAAGGAAGCAGAGUCAGUUAAAGAAGAUAAUGACAGCAAUGUAGAAUUGGAAAAAAGCAAUGUGCUUCUGUUGGGGCCAACUGGUUCAGGGAAGACAUUACUUGCCAAAACUCUAGCUCGCUUUGUGAAUGUACCAUUUGUUAUUGUCGAUGCAACUACUUUAACACAGGCAACCGGUUAUGUUGGUGAGGAUGUUGAGUCAAUACUGUAUAAACUGCUUACGGUUGCUGAAUUCAAUGUACAAGCAGCUCAGCAAGGGAUGGUCUACAUUGAUGAAGUAGAUAAGAUUAUUAAGAAGGCUGAGAGCGUAAAUAUUAGCAGAGAUGUCUCUGGUGAAGGAGUUCAACAGGCCCUACUAAAAAUUUUCCCUAAUCAGAUUGUAAAUGUUCCUGAAAAAGGUGAUAAUAUUCAGAUAGAUACAAAAGACAUACUUUUCAUCUGUGGGGGAGCAUUCAUUGAUCUGGAAAAGACCAUUUCUGAGAGACGGCAGGAUUCUUCCAUUGGUUUUGGUGUGCGAGUACGUGCCAACAUGAGAACUGGUAGAGUAACUGAUGAUGUUGUGACAUCAUCUUUACUAGAAACUGUUGAGAGCAGUGAUCUGAUUGCAUAUGGCCUUAUUCCAGAGUUUAUCGGGCGCUUCCCUAUUUUAGUUAGUUUGUCAGCACUUACUGAGAACCAACUUGUUCAGGUAUUUUAG